AUUGGAGCCCUUAUCUCAAUUCGCAGAAUUUCCUUUAUGGGCUGGACAUUUCUGGAAAAUCAAAGAUAAUACUAACUCAUUUUGCGUCACUGAUCAUGGGAAUCUGAACGAGCUGACAUAAAGAAAAUGCCUCAGGAUGAAAAGUCAAGUGUAAGGUGGUCUUUCCUUCAAGCGACGAGGAAACAGAGCGACAGAGUUGGUUCUGACCUCAGACAAAGUACACGCUUCCAAAACCGCAUGAAUACACCGGGAGACGCGCAUCACGCCACGGGAUAGUGGAGAGGAUAAAGCGCACGGGAGCGCACAGUAAGCUAUUUCCAACUCCAAACAGACACCAACACUCCCUGCUUCAACAUGGAAGACUACAAUGGGACGUGGAUAUCUGACAAUGACAGCUCCAGUUACCCCAGCAAUGGCACUCCCAAAAAUAUCUCAGACAUGCCCGGGCCAAUGCCCUUCGAUGUGGUUACCGCAGUCGUCUACACCGUUGUCUUCAUUGUGGGUCUUCUAGGUAAUACACUGGUUAUCUAUGUAGUGGUUCGCUACGCCAAGAUGAAGACAGUAACCAACAUGUACAUCCUCAACUUAGCCUUGGCGGAUGAACUCUACAUCCUGGGAAUUCCCUUUCUGGGCACUAAUAGUGUGCUUUCCUACUGGCCAUAUGGAAAUUUCUUCUGCAAAGUGUACAUGACUGCUGAUACCAUGAGCCAGUUCGCCUCCACCUUUUGCCUGACGGUGAUGAGCAUCGAUCGCUUCCUGGCUGUGGUCCAUCCUAUUCGAAGUGCCAAAUGGCGGAAACCACAAGUAGCCAAGAUUUUCAAUACCAUGAUGUGGGUUGUAUCUUUUCUGAUUGUGCUGCCAGUCAUGAUCUACACACAUGUACAGGAGGAGUUCAACACCUGUAACAUAACCUGGCCUGAGCCACAUGAAUUGUGGUCCAUCGCCUUCAUCCUUUACACAUCCAUCCUGGGCUUCUUUGGUCCUCUGGUUGUCAUUUGCCUCUGCUACCUGCUCAUCGUCAUCAAGGUGAGGUCAGCUGGUGUGCGUGCAGGUCGCACUAAGCGCCGUAAAUCGGAGCGCAAGGUGACACGCAUGGUGGUGAUCAUCGUGUUGGUGUUUGUACUUUGUUGGCUGCCCUUCUUCACUACCAACAUUGUCAACCUGAUUCACGUCAUCCCCGAGAACAGAACUACUAACAGACUCUACUUCUCCCUGGUCAUUCUCACCUAUGUCAACUCCUGUGCCAACCCAAUUCUCUAUGGAUUCCUCUCUGAUAACUUCAAGCAGAGCUUCCAGAAGGUGCUCUGUGUCAAUAAACCAAAUGGUGUUGCCACUGCAGAGCAGAUGGGAGGAAGAAAGAAGGCACCCAAGGAGAACCACAAGUCCAUUUUCACACCCAAAAAUCACACACCGAAUGGAAAUAUGCAGGGCAUUCAGCAGUCUGUCCAGGGGGAAGUUAUUGGGGACCUUGACAAUGAGCCUUCAAAAGCAGUGGUGAACGGCCAGCCAUCGCUAUGAGUCUUUUAAUCCAGUAUGCACCAGUGUGCUACCACAUGAUACUUUUAUUGGACCUCGUAUUAAUCUGUUUCCUGCCAUUGCCAUUGAUGAUCCCCCAUCUCCGACUGGGACAUUUGUGGAGAAGACCAGAGGGGUAAAGUAGUGAGAGAAGACUACACAUAGCAGAGACCUCUGCAUUUUUGUUUAUUCUUUAAAAGUUUGUACUGUUGGCUGCCUUAUACAAAGCUUGCUUUCAUGUAAUGAUGUAAGAUCUGUUACAGCAGUAGUUUGACAUUUGAAAUCUACUCAUUAGCAGUCUGGUAUUGAAUUACAUGAGGAGAUUGAUACCACUGUAAUUUCUGUCCAUUAAAUAGGCUGCAAGGCUACAGCAAUAGCUUAUCUUAGCAUAAAGAUGAGAAACAGGGAGAAUUAGCGAGCCUGGUUUAGUGUAAGUGUAAGGCCAGUUGUAGGCUUCGGAUGCCAGGCUCCACAAACGUAAGUAACUCCUGUAUGUACUGCCAACAGUGUGCAGUCGGCUGAAUUUACCAUGUGAGCCAUUAUAGUACAGGUAAUUUCACCCUGCUCAAUUUCUUUUUUUUUUUACACCAUAUUGGCCGUUAAGCUUAUAUUCAAGCCAUUUAUAACCCCAACCAUUAUUUGAAACUGCUAAGUGAAGCUAUGUUUCUUUCCUUAAUUUGAAAAUAUACUGUAUUUAAUUUGUAUUGCUACAACCACAGUGAGCUGUAGGUCACUGUAAAGCUGGUUGAAAUAUUUUUGAUGGUCAUGACAUUUAUUUUUCUUUUGGCUUGUUAGUGUUGAUAGGCUUCUUGUGACAUUUUGACUCUGAUGUUACAAAGCUGUGAAAGAUGCCUUGAAAUAGCGCAGCCAGGUAUUGUCCUCUCGUGGAUUUAUCUCCUCUGUCUCACGUUCCCGCACGUGACAAGAAACAUCUGCUGGAGUGGACGCUAUGAUGAUGUAAAGGAGCAUAUCAUUUUAUGAACCUCCGCUACAUACCCAUCAUAUCCUGACUCGCCGUGUAGCUGCUGGACUAUGAGCUUUGACAUUUGUUGCUGACAUUAUUUGGAAGUUGCUGGACAACUGUAGCAUCUCCAAAGCAUAGCAAAACCAAAUCAAUAAUGUUUGUGGUGAGUUUGAGCUUUUUUAAAACUACCCAGUAAGAUGGACCUGUGGAAACAAGGAUACCUUACAGGACACAAGGGAUUUAUUUGUAUUAGAAACACUGUGAAUUAUGAAAUAAUAAGUCAUUAAGUCAGUAAAUAUAUCAGUCUUGAGUUCAUUGGCAUUCCCACAUAUAUAGGAAAAAUGCUAACUUGCUGAUUCUGUUGAAGAAGACAUCAUAAAUAUUAAUAAACAAUCAAGUCUGCUUUGCAUGUUCACCCUGCAUUCAUUCUGCACAGUACAAUGUAGGGCUGCUGUCAUGUGCCUGCAUGAAACAAAGCUGUUGUGUGUACAUCUAUUCCAUUAACAGAACUGAUGUUUGUUGUCAUUGUGAGCAAUAUUAUGAUAUGAGGUUUAUGUUUCAGAUUGAUGCACUUUAAUUCAUUUAGUUCCAUUCGAAACAGAACAGUGGCAGCUUUACACUUAAAUUUUAAUGUCUCUCUGCAUAAACCAAUUUGGCUUCAUAUUUUUGUAAAUGAAGUUGAAGUCGUUUUAUUGCAACAGCAUUGGCAACAAAACCAAUAAUAACUUUUUUUUUAUUCAGGGCAGGUCAUUGGAAGAGAUUUGGAUCUAUCAUGUGUUAUAAUUUUAGACAUGGCUUGCCACAAAAAACAAAACAUUUACAUAAAAAAUCUACAAAGCUGAAAUUUGCUGUUAUUGGUGGUGGGACUUUCUUUGUUUAAUUGUUUGUUUUCCCCCCAGAUUAAUGAUCUAGCAACCCUUUCACUGAUACUUUAAUAAAUGCAACCUUGAUAAAAA